AUGGAUUUCAUCUUUGGUCUCCCUCCGGACGAACAGAAACGCACGGGCGUAUUGGUUUUUGUGGAUCGAUUUAGCAAAAUGGUGCAUUUUGCUCCAGUCUCCGCGCACGUUACGGCGGAGACGACCGCGCAGAUCUUCAUCGAUCUCAUAUUUCGACAUUACGGCUUGCCUGAAUCAAUUGUUUCGGACCGCGACCCGCGCUUUACAUCAGCUUUUUGGGCAACGUUGUUUCAACUAUUGGGCACGCGACUGCUUAUGUCUACGGCAGCCCAUCCAGAGACGGAUGGGCAAACGGAGCGCGUGAACAGAGUGCUUGAAGAUGUACUACGCAGUUAUGCGACAUCGUUCCAGUCGUGGAGUUCGUUUCUCCCUCUCGCUGAAUUUGCAAUCAACAACGCAAUUCAUGCGUCGACUGGGUUAACGCCAUUUUUCGUGAAUAACGCGAGGCACCCUCGCGUUCCAGCGCUUCUUGCUCUUUCAGCUUCAGCACACCCAGUUUCUCAGCUUGGUGGGGGAGUAUCUCCCGAUGACACUACGCGAAAAAUUUUGAUGAUUGGUAAUGUUGAAGACAAGGUUGCUGCCGAUGCAACUCAUACUGUUAAUUUCGUGGCCAAUGGCAUAUCGAGUCCCGACGCGAUGCAUCCCAUCGCGUCUCCCGUCGCUAAUUUUGCUCAUAAAGAGUCCACUUCUCCUGUAAGUUCGGCUGCUGUGACCGAAUUCCUAUUACUACGGCAAAGUAUCACGCGUUUUGUACGCGAUGCACUCCAAGAAGCAGUGGAUAAACAAAAGGAGAACGCGGAAAAGCGAGGUCGAAAGAACUUGCUGACGUUCAAAGAAGGUGACAGAGUCUUACUAUCGACAAGCGGAUUACCAGACACGUCAGUAACGAAUUUGGGCGCUAAUAAAUUAGCGCCAAGAUAUAUUGGGCCCUUUCGGAUUGUUGAAGUCCAUGGAGAUGCUUACACGCUAGACAUACCUACCACUAUGCGUUUGCACCCGACAUUCUAUGUCGGGCGCCUUAAGGCUUACCUGCCGGCGGAUCUCCCUUUGGUCCUUCCUCACUCGUCUGUAUCGGCUCAAAGUCCGACACCCCCUGCCGACGACGCUGACGACGACUGGGACCAAGUCCUAGACGAGCGCGAGCAGACUCGUUCUGCUGGGGUCCACCGAACGCAGCAGUCUCGAGCUAUCGCAGACGCUCCACCAAGCCCUGCUGCUCCCGUCGGGUUCUCUCGGCAGCCUCUGUCGCAGCUGCUGCACGAUCUCGAGCCCUCUCGGCCAUCUCACGGGCAUCCAGAAGGCCGUUCAUCGCCUCUUCAGUGUCAGCACGAAGGAAACGAAGCUCGUCACUCGACGGCACAGGCGCCCGAUUAUGAGAAUCGGCGCCCAACCCAAGAAGCCUUCCGUCGUGAUGCUCCUCCUCCCUUGGUAGAUGCAUCGGGUGAGCGACGCUGGAUUGUGGACCGUAUUGUCGGUCAUGAAGACCCCACGCCUCUUGCGCCGAGUAGUGGCUCGGCGCCAUCGAAGAGUCGUUCAGAAACGCAUUACAAGGUCCGAUGGUUGGGUUAUUCACCAACGGAAGACACGUGGGAGCCUCGAAGUAUGCUGGCUCACGAUGUUCCUGACGUCGUUAAGGAGUACGAGACCAGUAAGAGGUCGGCGAACGCGACCGACGCUGCUGACUCCUUCCACGAUCCCGCGAACCGUAACGUGCGUGAAUUGGCGAUCGACGACGAUCUCUUGAGCGACUCCGACGUCUUCUACGAGGCUCGGGAGCAUUUGGAUACCUUGACAGUCGAGAGCGACUACGAGAACGACCUCGGUGGUCGUAAGACAAACGAUCUCGACUACGUGAACGCCUCCAUUGAUCGACAGGGCGUUCCCUCAUGUGACGCAACGCAGAUACUUGGAGCUCUGAGAGGCUCCUCUCAUAGCGUCCGAUCCAUGGUCGGAUGUGCUGGGGCAUUCCCCGUGCACACACCAUGUCGUCCCAUUCCUGCCGCAUUGGUCGCGGUCUCUCCAUGUGACACCGUGGACACCCUUCACGGACAUGGACGUAACACAUGUGGAACCCAUCACGAGUCAAAUGACAUACGCGUCGUCGUAAGUCGCCAAUAG